CUUGGCGUGGCGGCCUCGGCGCGAUGAAGGCGGCUGCGAGAACAAAACCCCCUCGGAAACAUACACCAAAGAAACCAUCCAGCAACAGCUUGAAGGACCCUGUUGGGGUAUACUGCCGGGUGCGCCCAGUCAGUGUGCCAGACCAGGAGUGCUGCAUAGAAGUGAUCAGCAGCACAACUGUCCAGGUUCACCCACCUGACGGCUACCGCAUCAGCCGCAAUGGGGAGUAUAAAGAGGUUCAGUAUUCAUUUAAAGAAGUGUUUGGCACCACCAUUUCUCAGAGGCGUGUCUUUGACGUGGUUGCUAGGCCUCUAGUGGAAGACCUCAUCCAUGGGAAAAACGGUAUCCUCUUUACAUACGGCGUCACAGGGAGUGGGAAAACCCACACCAUGACGGGUUCCCCAGGUGAAGGCGGGCUGCUUCCUCGCUGCCUAGAUAUGAUCUUCAACAGUAUAGGGUCGCUGCAGGCCAAGCGAUACGUUUUCAAGCUUGAUGAUAAGAAUGGGGUCGAGGUGCAGUGCGAGGUGGAUGCUUUGCUUGAACGCCAGAAACGAGAAGCUUUUCCGAUUCCAAAAACACCAUCUGGCAAGCGGCAGAUUGACCCUGAAAUUGCUGACAUGAUUAAUGUGCAAGACAACUGCAAAGUGGAGGAAGUUGAUGAUGACAACGUCUACAGCGUGUUUGUCUCUUACAUCGAAAUCUAUAACAAUUACAUCUAUGACCUUCUGGAGGAGCCGCCCUUUGACCCCUCCAAGCCAAAGUGGAACAGCUGCGGCACUCCAGUGCGAAGCGUUGAGUUUACGCUUCCCCAGUCCAAAAUUCUCCGCGAGGAUCAGAAUCACAACAUGUAUGUUGCGGGAUGCACAGAAGUAGAAGUCAAAUCCACGGAGGAAGCUUUUGAAGUCUUCUGGAGAGGCCAGAAGAAACGGCGCAUUGCAAACACGCAGCUGAACCGCGAGUCCAGCCGCUCGCACAGUGUGUUCCUCAUUAAGCUGGCCCAGGCGCCUUUGGACGCUGAUGGAGACAAUGUGCUGCAGGAGAGGGAGCUGAUCACCCUGAGCCAGUUGUCUCUGGUCGACCUGGCAGGGAGUGAGCGAACAAACAGGACCAAAGCCGAAGGGAGCCGGCUGCGUGAAGCAGGUAAUAUAAAUCAGUCGCUGAUGACGCUAAGAACCUGCAUUGAGGCUCUGCGGGAGAACCAAACGUACGGGACCAACAAGAUGGUCCCUUAUCGAGACUCCAAACUGACCCACCUGUUCAAGAACUAUUUUGAUGGAGAAGGGAAAGUGCGUAUGAUCGUCUGUGUGAACCCAAAGGCUGAAGACUAUGAUGAGAGUUUGCAAGUACUGCGAUUUGCCGAAAUCACCCAGGAGGUCGAGGUCACAAGGCCUGCAGAUAAGCCCCUGUGUGGAUUAACGCCUGGUCGGCGGCUUAAGAACCAGGCCUUCAGGGAGGAGCUUUCACGGCAGCUGGAACUGCGCGGUGGACCGAUCGGCAGAGAGCGGGAGCCGUCCGUCACGGAGAUGCUCCUGCAGAGUUUUCCUCCAAUGCCAUCUUGCGAACUCCUGGACAUCAACGAUGACCAGACGCUUCCUCGGCUGAUAGCAGUGCUCGAAAAACGCCACCACAUCCGGCAGGUGCUGACCGAAGAGUUUGCCAAGAACGUCCUUUCUGUCAAGAGCAUGCUGCAAGAGCUCGACGCCAGCAUCGUCUCCAAGGAGAACUACGCGCAAGUGAGGAUGGCUGAGAAGGAGAAGCUAGUUGCGGGGCAGAAAACAGAGAUUGAGCGCCUGGAAAAGAGGGCAAAGACGCUGGAAUACAAGAUCGACAUCUUGGAGAAAACGACAGCCAUUUAUGAAGAGGAGAAGCGCAACUUGCAGCAGGAGCUGGAGAGCAAGAACCAGAAGCUGCAGCGGCAGGUGUCUGACAAGCGCCGGCUGGAGGCCCGGCUGCAGGGCAUGGUGACGGAGACGACGACGAGGUGGGAGAAGGAGUGUGAACGGCGCGUGGCCGCUAAGCAGCUGGAGAUGCAGAACAAGCUCUGGGUGAAAGAUGAGAAGCUGAAGCAGCUCAAGGCCAUUGUCACAGAGCCCAAGGGCAGCAAGCCAGAGAGGCCUUCUCGGGAGAAAGACCGGGAGAAGGCCCUGCCGCGGUCCCUGUCCCCGCCGCCAGUCCCUUCUUCCAGUCCCUGCGGCAGGCGGCUCCCUAACGUCAACAACCACCACUGCCUGCCUCCCGCUGCUGGCCAGGCCCCGCUGCACAGGCGCUCUAACUCCUGCAGCAGCAUCUCCGUGGCCUCCUGCGUCUCGGAGUGGGAGCAGAGGACGCCCGCACCGGCCAGCCAGCAGCCCCGCAGCACCCGGAGCAGGCCGCCGGAGCCCGAGCGAGCUCGGCCCUGGGGCGUGUCAGACAGAAGGCAGGGCGCCUGCUGCACCGGAGCCCUCACGGCCCCCGGCGCCAGGGAGGCCCUCGAGGUAGAAGAGGAGCCGUGCUGCAGGAACGCCCCUCCAGUUCGCCUCCGGCACCGGCGCUCCCGCUCGGCCGGGGAGAGAUGGGUGGACCACAAGCCCGCCUCCAACGUGCAGACCGAGACGGUCCUGCAGCCCCACGUGCCCCACGCCAUCACCGUGACGGCUGCAAGCGAGAAGGCGCUGGCCAGGUGCGACAAGUACAUGCUGACCCACCAGGAGCUGGCCUCAGACGGCGAGAUCGAGACCAAGCUGAUCAAGGGCGACGUGUACAAGACCCGGGGAGGCGGCCAGGCGGUCCAGUUCACCGAGAUCGAGACCCUGAAGCAGGAGUCUCCCACUGGGCGCAAACGCAGGUCCUCUCCCUCGAGCCCCCUGCCCCCGGAGGAGGCCACAGAAUCGGAGUGGACCGACGUGGAAACAAGAUGUUCGGUUGCCGUGGAGAUGAAAGCCGGAUCUCAUCUUGGACCCGGGUAUCAGCAUCAUGCCCAGCCCAAGCGCAGAAGACCAUGACGCGCUGGGAUUUCUGCUUGGGCGUAUGCUGUCACAGUGUUUCAGGCUACAUAGCUGGCUAUGCUGAGCAGUGGCUAAAGAAAGUCAGUAUAUAAUAAAAUACCUCUUUGCCUUGAUCUCUAUCACAGGACGGAGGGAGAUGCCCUCGUUUCUUUCGUCACGCCUCGCCUGCCCCUUCCUGUACUUUCCCCACUUUUUCCCCCCGUAGGCCCACACUUUGCAUACGGAAAAGGAUUAAGAAACAAGCCAGCCCUAAUGAAAAGCACCAUGCUGCUAUUUAUCUGGCUGUCCGAGUGCACUUUAGGCUGUCUGGGUGUUGGCGCUGGGGCGCGGUCCUGGCUUGGCCAUUGUGCUCCCAGCAUUCCCGGCUCUUGGUUCACGAGAGCGCCGUCCUUGCACGGGCCGCUUUUCACAUGGCCUUGUCUCCUCCUCUGCCUUCUGAGCAGCAGGACGGACGGACGGACAGAACAGGCAGGGUUGGCGACCUUCUCUGUCUCGUCUACUAUGCAUGAUUUUAACUUGUCAAGAUUAGACAAUUGUAGUCAGAGGAUUAGAUCCGUGUGUAAUCUUAGACUGAACUUGCAAAUAAAGAUGUCACUUGUG